AUGGCUCCACAGACAGAUACCCGCAACUGGGACAUCCAACAAAAAGACCCCAAACAGGUGUUGGCGGAGGAGAAAUAUGACGACUGUCUAUCCUGCAGAGUGACAGGCUCGGCUGCAUUUAUCGGCCUGGGCGUCUACAGCUACUAUACCGGCAUGAGCAACCUCCGAAAACAAGAAAAGAUUAUCAUGCAAGGGCCAAGCAGAUACAAGAUGGGCUCAAGGCAACUUGGAAUUGCUAGCAUUUCGGCCACUUUGAUUGGCAUGGGACUGUGGCGCGCAUUUAACUGA